AUGGCGACCGAACAGAUCAUACUACCUAUAAAGGGCAAGAAGAACGUUCUGGUGACGAGUGCCCUUCCCUAUAUUAACAACCAGCCUCAUCUUGGCAAUAUUGUUGGUAGCGUGCUCAGCGCCGAUGUUUUCUCGAGAUUCAGCAAGUUGAGAGACAGGCCAACACUCUUUAUUUGUGGCACAGACGAAUAUGGAACAGCGACAGAAACUAAAGCUCUUGAGACGGGUCAAACACCAAAAGAGCUUUGCGACGAAUUCCACAAGAAGCACAAAGAUGUGUAUGACUGGUUUGAGAUUGCCUUCGACUACUUCGGCCGCACAACCACGGAUCAACAAACGGUAAUCGCGCAAGACAUCUUCACAAAGCUUCAUAAGAAUGGGUAUUUGGAGGAGCGGACUACGACACAGCCAUACUGCGAAAAGCAUGAGUCCUUCCUAGCCGAUCGCUUCGUCGAGGGCACCUGCCCCAAGUGUCAAUAUGACGAUGCCCGAGGCGAUCAAUGCGACAAGUGUGGUAGUCUUCUUGAUCCAUUCGAGCUGAUCAAUCCUCAUUGCAAGAUCGACGGCGCAGCGCCCGUGCCGCGAGAUACCACCCACAUCUUCCUCCGCCUCGACAAAGCACAACCGGAUAUUGAAAAGUGGUUCACCAAGGCAAGUGAAGAAGGGGGCUGGCCACAAAAUGGUGUUAGCAUAACAAGAUCGUGGCUCACUAAAGGGUUGGAGGGCCGAAGUAUCACAAGAGACUUGAAAUGGGGCACCCCUAUACCGCUUCCAGGAUAUGAGAAGAAGGUGCUAUAUGUCUGGUUUGAUGCCUGCAUUGGUUAUCCCUCGAUUACGGCCAAUUACACGAAAGAUUGGGAACUGUGGUGGCGCGACCCUGAAAACGUCAAGCUAUACCAAUUCAUGGGCAAGGACAACGUGCCAUUCCACACCGUCAUUUUCCCGGCUUCGCAGAUGGGAACCGGCGACAAGUGGACCAUGCUCAACCAUUUAUCUACUACGGAGUACCUGAAUUACGAGAAUGGAAAGUUCUCAAAGUCUAGAGGCGUCGGUGUAUUUGGAGACACUGCCAAGGACACUGGGAUUCCACCUUCGGUCUGGAGAUACUACCUUUUGGCGAACCGGCCUGAGACUGGCGACACGCAAUUUGAGUGGAAGUCCUUCAUCGCGGCCAACAACAGUGAGCUUCUAGCUAACCUUGGCAACUUUGUUAACCGCCUGGUCAAGUUUGUCAACGCUAAGCUAGAUGGAACCAUCCCCGAAUUUACACCCACACAGGCAGAUGAGACCUUCGACUUCCCCAACUUUAUCGCCGAAGUAAACGUGCUCCUGGCUGAGUACGUCGCUGAUAUGGAAGCUGUCAGAUUACGUGCUGGUUUAGCGAAGCUCAUGCAGAUAUCUGGGAAAGGAAAUCUCCUCCUUGCUGGCCGACUCGACAAUACCAAUCUGCAAUCCAGCCCGACAAGGACACACACUAUCAUCGGCUUGGCAUUGAACCUUACCUAUCUCCUCGCCUCCCUUGCCUCUCCAUACAUGCCAUCAACUGCCGCCUCUAUAGUCAAGCAACUCAAUGCCCCUCUCCUAUCCAUCCCCGACAAAUGGACUCCAGAUGCCCUACAAGGCGGACACAAGAUCGGCAAGGCCGAAUAUCUAUUUACCAGGAUCGACGAGAAAAGGGAGGACGAGUGGAGGAGCAAAUAUGGAGGCACACAGGCAUCUAGAUUAGCGGAAGAAGAAGCCAAAGCGAAGAAGGCCGCGGACAAGGCGAGGGAUAAGGAACGCAAGAAGGCGAAGAAACUAGCUGCUAAGAGUGGCGAGGCUGUUGCAACGCCAGAAUCCUCGAAGACUGAACUGCCGUUGAGGGGUGUAGUCGCAGAGGAACAAGCUCCCCCUCCUGCUGCGGCGCCUUAG